AUGCCGCACGGUAAAGUGUCCCCUGCUCAGGCCGCUGCUUGGGAGGAGGCAUUUCUUGUGUUCUGUGCACAAUUUGUGCAAACACCCGCUUUUCGCUUGCUAGAAGAGGAACUUGUCAAGCAGACACAAGGUGGUCCUGCGGAACUUAGUGCCAGUGCACCACUCCUGGAGUUCAUGCGGCAGUCUUCUGGGCCCACUCAUGAAAAGCUCCCAGUACCACUCCAGAGGGCCUUGGAGCACCAGGAGGCAAAGGUUGUGUUGCUCCACAAACUGCAAAAGCGGGUGACUGAGAAGCUUGGGCUCAAGGAGCCCACCGAGGCCACUAAAGUAGAGGCCCAUGAGGCAAUGACUUGCUGGGGAGAGGGCCAUAGCUGGCAGUACGAUCCCUUUUGUUGGAUACAUGUCAAUUUAAUCCAAAUAGUAGAAGACUCAGUACACCACUUUCCCAGGCCAUUCAAGAUGCACAAUAAGGCUCAAAAAGUAGGGAAAAAGCAAGGCAAGGUAACAGCUUUCAGAUCAUCUGGUCACAAGGGGCCUAAGGAAAGUACUAGGAGCCUGGUAAUAGUCCAGUCAGUACAUACACAAUCAAGUGCUACAAAGCAUGACAAUGUGAGAAACAAAAGAUCACCUGAAUGUGGUGAGAAGGCACUGUGA